GUUACACUUAUAUAUAUACAUUCAUCUGUUUUCCUCCUAAACACACAUAAUUGAAGAGAAAAUAAUAAUAAUAAAAAAAAAUAAUAUUAAUAUCAAUAAUAAUAAUUUCAAUAAUAAUAGAGAAAAUGGCUUCUAAAGUCCGCGAACACGAAUCAUCAGCACCGAAUUCCGCAACUAAUUCAUUCGUGAAAGUUGUCGCAGAAUCCGGUGCUCUUAAAUCAGUCCCUUCACAAUUCAUUUUCGGGAAUGACUCCAAAGGCUCUUACUCCAACUCCAUCCCCACCGUCGAUUUCUCCCACCUCACCUCUUCAAACUCCGAUCUACGGUCCAAAGCCCUCAAGGACCUCGCACAUGCAUGUCAAGAAUGGGGAUUCUUUGUGUUGAUAAAUCAUGAGAUACCAGAUAAAGUUAUGAAGGGCGUAAUAGAGGCGAGUUUGGAGUUUUUCGAGCUGCCAGACCACGAAAAGAGAGUGUAUGAGGCCAAAGGCCCAUCGGACCCCAUCAAGUCCGGCACCGGCUCCGUCAUCACCACGUCAAACCAAAGAAUUCAUCUCUGGCGGGACUUCCUUAAAUCCUACGUCCACCCAAAUUUUCACUCUCCUCAAAAACCUCACAUCCUUGGGGAGAUUUUGUUAGAGUAUUCCGAAAAAACCCGCCACGUGGCAAGAAAGCUGCUUCAGGGGAUAGGGGCAAACCUGGAACUGGAACAGGGCUACAUAGACCGGACUUUGCAAUUGGACUCGUGUUUUCAACUUUACGCGGCAAAUUAUUACCCGCCGUGCCCCGAGCCCGAUCAGGCCAUCGGGCUCCCGCCACACACGGAUCACGGGCUUUUGACUUUCCUCAUACACAACGGAGUUACGGGCCUUCAGAUUCAGCACAAUGGGGAGUGGUUCAACACAAACUCGCCUCACGGCUCCAUCUUGGUCAACACGGCCGAUCAUCUUGAAAUUUUUAGCAAUGGGAGGUACAAGAGUGUGAAGCACAGGGCCGUGGUGAACAAUCAAGCGAUGAGGAUAUCGGUAGUCAUUGCGAAUGGGGCAGCCCCUGAAGCUAUUGUGGGCCCUGCGGGCCCACUUGUCGAGCGUGAUGGCCGGGCUUUAUAUCGCCCGAUGAAGUUUAUCGACUACGUUGAAACCAUGCUAAGCAAUCGACUUGAAGGGAAAGGCAACUUGGACUGCCUGAAAAUCGACGUUGUAAAAAAAGUGGGUUUAUUGUUAUUCGUGGUUUUCGCAUCUCUUAUUGCUGUUCGUGGUAAAAUGGCUUCUCAAGUCCUUGAACACGAAUCAUCAACACCAAGUUCCGCAACUGAUUCAUUGGUGAAAGUUGUUGCAGAAUCCGGUGCUCUUAAAUCAGUCCCUUCACAAUUCAUUUUCGAGAACGACUCUAAAGGCUCUUACUCCAACUCCAUCCCCACCGUCGAUUUCUCUCACCUCACCUCUCUAGACUCCGAUCUACGGUCCAAAGCCCUCAAGGACCUUGCACAUGCCUGUCAAGAAUGGGGCUUCUUUGUGGCGAGUUUGGAGUUUUUCGAGCUGCCGGACCACGAAAAGAAAGUGUACGAGGCCGAAAGCCCAUCAGAGUAUUCCGAAAAAACCCGCCACGUGGCAAGAAAGCUGCUUCAGGGGAUAGGGGCAAACCUGGAACUGGAACAGGGCUACAUAGACCGGACUUUGCAAUUGGACUCGUGUUUUCAACUUUACGCGGCAAAUUAUUACCCGCCGUGCCCCGAGCCCGAUCAGGCCAUCGGGCUCCCGCCACACACGGAUCACGGGCUUUUGACUUUCCUCAUACACAACGGAGUUACGGGCCUUCAGAUUCAGCACAAUGGGGAGUGGUUCAACACAAACUCGCCUCACGGCUCCAUCUUGGUCAACACGGCCGAUCAUCUUGAAAUUUUUAGCAAUGGGAGGUACAAGAGUGUGAAUCACAGGGCCGUGGUGAACAAUCAAGCGACGAGGAUAUCGGUAGUCAUUGUGAAUGGGACAGCUCCGAAAGCUAUUGUGGGCCCUGCGGGCCCACUUGUCGAGCGUGAUGGCCGUGCUUUAUAUCGCCCGAUGAAGUUUAUCAAGUACAUCGAAACCAAGCUAAGCAAUCAACUUGAAGGGAAAAGCAACUUGGACUGCCUGAAAAUCGACGUUGUCAAUGGGAGGUACAAGAGUGUGAAUCACAGGGCCGUGGUGAACAAUCAAGCGACGAGGAUAUCGGUAGUCAUUGUGAAUGGGGCAGCUCCGGAAGCUAUUGUGGGCCCUGCGGGCCCACUUGUCGAGCAGGAAAUGGCUUCUCAAGUUGAUUCAUUCGUGAAAGUGGUUGCAGAAUCCGGUGCUCUUAAAUCAGUCCCUUCACAAUUCAUUUUCGAGAACGACUCCAAAGUCUCUUACUCCAACUCCAUCCCCACCCUCGAUUUCUCCCACCUCACCUCUCCAGACUCCGAUCUACGGUCCAAAGCCCUCAAGGACCUCGCUCAUGCCUGUCAAGAUGGGGGCUUCUUUGUGUUGAUAAAUCAUGGGAUACCAGAGAGAGUUAUGAAAGGCGUAAUAGAGGCGAGUUUGGAGUAUUUCGAUCUGCCGGACCACGAAAAGAAAGUGUACAAGAGUGUGGUGCACAAGGCCGUGGUGAACAAACAAGCAACGAGGAUGUCGGUAAUCAUCACGAAUGCGCCAGCCCCAGAAAAUAUUGUGGUCCCUGCGGGCCCACUUGUCGAGCGUGAUGGCCGGGCAUUAUAUCGCCCGAUGAAGUUUAUCGAGUACCUUGAAACCAAGCCAAGCAAGCGAUUUGGAGGCAAAAGCAACUUGGACUGCAAUGGAGGCUGCAAUUUUUUCUCUUGGGUGGACCCUCCUACCUGUGAUCGGCCUGAAAAAAUCAUGCCUGGGUUAUUGAAGAAGAUAAAGGCAGUGGAGAAAGCAAAUGAAAACUUAAAAUUUGAGAAUACCAAAUUGGAGGACAAGGUUGAAAAACUGGAGCAGAAGAUUGAAAAAUUGCAGAAAAAGGUUGAAAAAUUGCAAGCAUUGAACAAGAGGUUGGUUGAAAAGAAAGAAAAAAUGGAGAUGAAAAUGGGGUUUGCAUUGGCUAUAGCAACUUUGUUGUGUGUAUUUUUGCUAUAUAGAAUU